AUGAGCAUAUCAGCUCCAUCACGGCGCAUGGCGCCUCGAGGCCUCCUCACCUCCCUCCCCAUCCGCACCCAAACCCGCGCCUUCACCUCCCACCCCCACCGCCUCGCCGACAAUGACACCCAACCCCCUCCCUCUUCCCGCCCCAACCCCUUCCUCGCCGAAUAUCUCCGCAACAACCCUUCCGCCCCCUCCACCCCCGCCCCCCCACGACAAGAAGACACCCUCGGCGACCUCCCCGCAACCUCCAUCUUCGAAGACGACCGCCGCGCCGCCCAACAAGCCGCCGCCAUCUCCGCCCGCGACGCCAGCGGCGGAGCGAAGGAGAUGAAACACGGCAUGGCCGGCCGCAACGCGCAGAAUAUGCUGCGCGUCACCGACCCGAACCCCAACGCGCGGGAGCGGUUCGAGCGGAAGAAGGUGAUCCAGAUGGUGCGGAAGGGGGGACGGCUGAGCAAGCAGGAGUUUGUGAAGAAGACGGAGCGGGAGCAUUUGGUCAAGAGCGAGAAUUUCAAGACGUCGGUGAAGAAGUUGGGUGCGCUGGCGAGACAGAUUCAGGGGAAGAGGAUUGACGACGCCAUCGCGCAGAUGCGGUUUAGUCGGAAGAAAGUCGCGGCGGAGGUGCUGCGGCAGUUGGAGUUUGCGCGGGACGAGGCGGUGGUGAUGCGGGGGAUGGGGUUGGGUGGGGUGGAAGUGGCGCAGGAAGCGGAGACGUUGAAUGCGAGUGGGGAGGAAGUUGCUGGCGCGACGGAGACGGCGGCGCAGACGAAGAAGCGCGAUGAGCCGGUCGAGAUCCAGUUGAAGGACGGCAAGAGGCAUACUAUUGAGAACCGGAGCGACAUCUACAUCGACCAAGCGUGGGUCGGUCGGGGGCCGUACGGACAACUACCCGAUUACCGUGCGAGGGGGAGGGUGUUUGUCAUGCGCACGCCGUGGACGAGUAUUAGUCUUUUGUUGAAGGAGGAGAGCACGCGAGUGCGGGAGUACGAGGAGCGAGAGGCGAAACGGAGGAGGCAGCGGAUGGAGAAGGUGUGGGUGCAUCUGCCCGAUCGGCCGAUUCAGACGAAGCAGCAGUGGUAUAGUUGGUAG